AUGAGUGUUGACCUUCUUAACAACCCCGAGUACAACACGUACAACUCCUCAAAGAAGCAAUCCUGCAGAGAGCCGCGCCUUCCCCACGAAAUGCGCUGUGCGCUCUCUUCACAGCUUCGUCGCCUGACGGCCGUGCUCCCUCGGAAAUACUCCGGUUGCCGAACUCACAACUGCCGUUCGACAACUUUAAGCCCACGAAUCUUCACUGCGUCCCAGAUCCCAGUCCUGCAUCACCCCGGGUCACCCGCGAUCGUGGACGAGACUGCGCACCCUAGUACCGUCACACCCACAGCCACCGCCGUUCCUCGACUCCAGGUAGCUACUGUUUCUACCAUUCCAGAUUUGGCAGCAGGACGGCGCCUACUCUACGUCCGCGACAACAACUCCCCCCUGCAGUUCUUGGUGGACAUAGGAGCGGAAGUCAGCCUCAUUCCCGCAUCCUACAAAGACAGACAAUUGCCUGCUUCUUGCACAUUGGAGGCUGCCAACUAUUCACCCAUCAACGUAUACAGUGAGCAUUCAUUGACCCUCCUUUUCAGCGGCGCUCCGCACUCAAAGCUGACGUGGGUUUUCCUAGUCGCCGACGUACAGCAGCCAAUCCUCGCAGCUGAUUUCCUGGCGCACCACGGAUUCACGGUGGACCUUAGUGCGGAGUUCCUUGUGCACCAGUCAGGGACGCGCACCUAUGCCUCGUCGGCCCUGGUACGUGUCCCUCGGAUAUACACGGUGCUGCCCAACCAGUGCUCUUACAGAGCUGUGCUGCCACUCACACCAGAUUGCUUCCGCAUCGCCAAGGCAGAGCUCGAGCACAUGAGAGAGCUCGGCAUUAUACGCCUUUCCAGCAGCCAGUGGGCAUCUCCCCUGCACCUUGUAUGUAAGAAGGACAGCGACUGGCAUCCCUUUGGGGAUUAUCGUCAGCCACCAACUUACCACCAAAUCCCCAUCACCGAGGAGGACAUCCUGAAGACAGCUGUGACCACGCCCUUCAGCCUAAACGAAUUCCUGCGAAUGCCGUUCGGACUCCGCAACGCCGCCCAGACCUUCCAGCGCUUCAUGGAUGAUGUCACCCGUGGCCUACAGGGUGUCUUCGUCUACAUCGACGAUAUACUCAUCGCCAGCAGCAGUCACGCGAUUACCGCCGACGGCAUUACCCCAGCUCAGGAGAAGGUCAGCAGCAUCAGGCAGUUCCCUAAGCCAACAACAAAGAGACAGCUUCAGAAGUACCUCGGCAUGAUAAACUUCUUCAGGAGGUUCAUCCUAAGGUGUGCACUUCUGCUGGCUCCUCUGCAACGUCUCCUCGCUCCAUCCCGGUCAGGACGCGGCAGAGACAUAACUUGGACUUCUGAGGCGACUGAAGCUUUCGAGACUCUCAGCCCACAACAAAAUAGGUACAGUGCCUUCGGUAAGGAGCUCCUUGCGGUGUAUACGGCCAUCAAAUAUUUCCGGACAUACGUCGAGGGGAAGGACUUCCACAUCUUGAUGGACCAGAAGCCCCUCACCUUCGCCCUGCACAACAGGAGUCGCCGUCAGUCCCCGCGUGAAGAGAAGCACCUGGAUUUCAUUGCCCAGCUCACCACUGACAUACGACACAUCCAAGGCACCAACAAUCAGGCUGCAAACGCCCUAUCCAGAGUCUCGAUAUCCAUGCUAGAGCAGGUGCAGCUUCAGGGGUCUCAGAACACCAUCCUCUGCGACACCUCUCUGGGCCGACCCCGUCCUUACAUCCUUCCGUCACUCCGCUGGCAGUUUUUCGAGGCUUACCACACUCAUAGGGGAAUCCGCCCAACACAGGACUUAAUCCACAGUAAAGGCGUCUGGCCUGGCAUCAGUAGAGACGUCCGGCAGUGGUGCCGCACCUGUAUUGAGUGCCAGCACAGUAUUCCUUGUACCAGACGGCUGCUUCGAGCAUGUACACCUCGACGUAGUCGGCCCUCUACCAGCAGACCAGGGUUACAACUGACAAUGAUUUACCGGUUUACCAGGUGUCCUGUGGCCACACCUAUCCAGGACACCGCUGCCGCCACCAUUGCCAAGAUCUUCAUCAGCACCUGGAUAUCUCGGUAUGGGACUUCAGCGACGGAUCUUCGGUGCACUGCAGCAGAGAUGUUCUACAGAACCACCAUAGCUCUCCCUGCUGAUUUUCUAGUAAGCUCCAGAGAUCAGUACCCAGGAGCAUUCGGAAAGCAGCUUCGCGACCGUAUGGCCCGCAUCCACUCCUGUCCUACUAGACCAUCACGGCAACAAGACAUCUACUUGCCCCACGACCUCCAAGACUGCUCACAUGUCUUCAUAAGGCGACCCACCAAGCCUCCCCUCUGCCUGCCCUAUGAGGGGCCUUUCCCUGUCAUCAAGCGGGACAAGAAUGGAACGCCACAGGUGGGGUUCCCAGUCUAG